AUGUCUGAACUUGAGGAAAAAACUAAAGCUGGCGCUGAAGUUCGAGUUCUCACCGCACAAGAAAUGGCAUUAGCAAGUAACCUUCGUUCUAUUACCGACUCGUUUCGAUUUCAAGCGAAUCGAUUUUGCCACAAAAGAUACAGAGACAAUCUCGAACAUGAACAAUAUCGUUCGCUAUUGAUGCAUCUAAAAGAAGAUGAAUCACUUGUUAUCACGCGGCCUGAUAAAGGUAGAGGUGUUGUGUUAAUGAAUAAAAACGAGUACUUGUCAAAGAUGUAUACAAUUGUUAAUGAUUCAUCUAAAUUUAAACGUCUGUCUACUGAUCCAACAGUUACUAGGGAACAAAAUCUUAUAAAAUUAUUAAACCGAUUGUUAAAAGAAAAGUCCAUAACAGAACAAUUUUUCAAAAUGUCAUGUCCGAAAGGUUCGAAUCCUGGUCGACUUUAUGGACUACCAAAAAUUCAUAAAGAUAAUAUUCCAUUAAGACCAGUACUUUCUGCUAUAGGAACGUUCAAUUAUGGACUUGGCAAAGUUCUAACAAAUAUCUUAUCGGAUAUUAUUGAAAAAGAAAGCAUGGUUCGAGAUCCUUUUUCAUUCGUCGAACAACUGAAAACAUUACCUAAAUCAUUUUCCAUCUACAAGAUGGUAUCAUUCGAUAUAUCUAGUUUAUACACGAAUGUACCACUUGAUGAAACUAUAGAAAUCAUUCUUAAAAAUUUGUAUGAAACUCGCGCUACACCACCAACCAUACAGCGCGAUGAUAUGAAACAACUUUUAAUUUUUGCAACAAAAAAUACACAUUUUCUUUUCGACAAAAAUCUGUAUGAUCAAGUAGAUCGAGUAUCCAUGGGGUCACCUUUAGCUCCAUUACUGGCCGAAAUCUUUUUGCAAGAUUUUGAAAAAACGCAUUCAUCAUCUUUUACAAGUAUGGAUAUAGUCUAUUGGAAGAGAUAUGUUGACGAUACUUUUGUCUUGAUUGAUUCAACAUUUUCAGCAAAGGAUAUUUGUACGAAACUAUCUCAAUUUCAUAAAUCAAUUAAAUUUACUUGUGAAGAAGAAGCAGCAAAUACAAUUACACUUUCAUUUCUUAAUAUACUGAUCGAAAAGCAACCGGGUAUAGGUUUUGCUACUAAAGUCCACAGAAAAGAAACAUUUUCCGGUCUCAUUACAAAAUGGAGUAGCUUUGUACCAAAAGCAUAUAAGUACAAUGCCAUUUCUACACUAGUUUAUAGAGCAAUUAAACUUUGUUCAUCAUAUAACAGUCUGCACCAGGAAUUUAGAUUUAUUCGGAAACUAGGUACGAAGAACGGAUAUCCCAUAAAUUUCGUCAAUUCGAUCAUACGACGACAACUUGAUUUACUAUAUAAUCCACCUGCUCAUAAGCCACCAACGCCCAAUACAGAUAUUGUUGUAGUUCGAGUACCCUACUUCGGUUUGUCGAGCCAUGUUUAUGCGAAACGUAUUACAUCAGCAGUGUCCAAACAGUGCCCACAGAAAAGAAUACGUGUCAUUUACGAUGUAACGAAUCGCAUUGGGACUGGUUUCACGAAUAAAGAUAAAAUUCCAACACCAAUUCAAUCAGGUGUCGUGUACGAAGCACAAUGCUCCAAAUGCAGUGACAGUUAUAUCGGUAAUCUUUCCGAACGAUUUGGUGCCAAAUGGAUAUUUGGUGGCAGUACUCUCGGUGCUGGCAUUCUAACAUUACUAAUACCACUUGCUGCUCGAACUCAUGCUGGCUUACUUAUUGCUGUUCGAAUAUUGAUUGGUGCUUUUGAGGCUCCAGCUCUUCCAAGCGCCAGUGCACUGUGGGGUCGAUGGAUCCCACCAUUCGAACGAAGUGUUGUCCCGCCUCUUGCUUCUAUAGGUUAA